AUGCCGUCAGCACGCCGACUACGCCUCGUGACGCUUGCCGCCAUCGUCACGGUCAUAUUUGUCCUUUAUUACGUGUCUGGGUUCGGCGACUCCGGGCAAUCGGCCGACUUUUACCACAAGACCAUGGACGCAAUGCAUGGGCGGCCGUCGCCGGGCGGACAGCCCGUCAUUGACUCAGAGACGGGUCUCAAGACGGGCCACAUACCGGCGGACCGCGACGGCGACGGCGACGUGGACGAAGACGACCGUCGCCAGGGUAAAGACCUGCAGGAGAACCUGAACAAGCUGGCCCAGGAGGCCAAGGACAGCGCCAACAAAAAGGCUGGCCCCAAACCCGACGCCCCCAGCAAGAUUGUCGGCGUCGGCAACUCGGCCGAGGGCAACCGCAAGCCCGUCGACGCCAAGGGAGAAACGAAGCCCGAGACGGCGGCAAAGGGCAAGGAGAAGGAGAGGGUGCCUGAGACGCCCGCGGAGCAAGCUCUUCAUAGCAUUCUGAAAAAGGCGCCCGUCGUCAUCUUCUCCAAGACGUACUGCCCGUACUCGAUGCGCGCCAAGGGUAUCCUACUCGAAAAGUACCUCAUCAACCCCAAGCCCGAGGUCGUCGAGCUCAACGACCACCCGCUGGGGUCGGACCUACAGGACGUGCUGCUGACCCUGACGGGCCGCCGCACAGUGCCCAACGUACUGAUCAACGGCGCGAGCAUCGGCGGCGCCGACGACAUUGUCGAGCUUGACAAUUCCGGCCGCCUCGUCGGCAAGAUUCAGGAGCUCGGCCAGCGCAAGGUCGAGGUGUCGGAGCGCUUCUCGGCGGAGCAGGUCAAGGGCGCGGCGCCCGCGCACUAA